UUCUCCCUCCCUUCUUUGACCCAAUUGUCUCUCUCCCUCACGCACUUCACACUCACUGCGUGUUUACUGUUCUCUCUCUCUCUCUCUCUCUCUCUCUCUCUCUUCUGUUUUUUAAUAUACAAAAAUAUGUAUAUAUGUAACGGAAUAAAGAAUGUUCUUUCGUUUACUUUGAUUCCGAUAUUGUUCGUUUUCAUCUACGCUGACUUGCUGUUGAUUUGCUGUGGUUCCGUUCAAUUCACGCACGCGGCAAGGGACCGGAGAUGACGACGGAGACGGCGUUGCUGGAAUGCCUGGUGCCGUCGUGGUGGGAGGUGCAGGUCACCGUCGUCGCCGCGGCGUUCUUCGUCUUCGCGUAUUGGUUGUUCACACUCGGCGAAUACGCCGGUGUGGACGAUCGUGGCUCCGCCGGGGACUCUGUCGACGUACUUGAAGAUAAAGACGAGAUGGGCCGGUUAACAGGUGAUUACCAAAGUAAUUCUGCAUAUGUAAUUAAGGUGGAACUGUUAGCUGCUAAAAAUCUUGUUGCUGCUAAUCUCAAUGGCACAUCAGAUCCAUACGCAAUCAUAACUUGUGGUACACAAAAGCGUUUCAGUUCAAUGGUUCCUGGUUCUAGAAAUCCUUUGUGGGGAGAGGAAUUUAACUUUUCUGUUGAUGAACUUCCUGUCAAGAUCAACGUGACGAUAUAUGACUGGGAUAUAAUUUGGAAAAGUGCAGUUCUUGGUUCAGUGACUGUUCUUGUUGAAAAUGAAGGUCCUACUGGAGCCAUAUGGCAUUCAUUGGAUAGCCCAUCAGGGCAGGUAUGUCUUCAUAUUGAAACAAUAAAAUCAAAUAUGAAUUCUUUUAGGGGUUUGAAUGGCUUUGGUGGUCCUAAUACUCGAAAGAGAGUUAAUUUGGAUAAACAAGGGCCCACAGUAGUUCACCAGAAACCAGGGCCACUGCAAACAAUAUUUGAACUUCCUGCUGAUGAGGUUGUUGAACAUAGUUAUUCUUGUGCACUUGAGAGAUCUUUUUUGUACCAUGGGCGCAUGUAUGUCUCCUCAUGGCACAUCUGCUUCCACUCUAAUGUGUUCUCAAAGCAAAUGAAGGUAAUCAUUCCUUUUGGUGAAAUAGAUGAGAUUAGGAGGAGUCAGCAUGCAUUCAUUAACCCUGCCAUCACAAUAAUUCUCCGUGUGGGUGCAGGUGGCCAUGGUGUGCCACCUUUAGGAAACCCUGAUGGUAGGGUCAGGUAUAAAUUUGCUUCCUUUUGGAACAGAAACAAUACACUGCGAGUUUUGCAACGUGCAGUAAAGAACUAUCAUGCAAUGUUAGAAGCCGAGAAAAGGGAGAGGGAACAAUCAGCAUUACGUGCACAUAGCAGCUCUAUUAAGGGAGGUAAUCAACUAGCUCAGAGUCCAGAGGAAAGUGUGCCAAAGGCAGAUAAGUUCCAAUCGUUCAUUAAAGAGGAAGUGCUUUCUGGUAUAUAUAAUGAUAUUUUCCCAUCCACUGCUGAGGAAUUCUUUAGAAUACUGCUGAGUGAUGGCUCAAAUUUCACACAAGAAUAUCGUGCAGCACGAAAGGAUUCCAAUCUCACUAUGGGUCAGUGGCAUUCUGCCACAGAGUAUGAUGGUCAAGUCAGAGAAAUUAAAUUCAGAUCUCUUUGCACCAGCCCAAUGUGUCCACCGGAUACAGCCAUGACAGAAUAUCAACAUGCUGUUCUAUCACCUGAUAAAAAAUGGCUGGUGUUCGAGACUGUACAACAGGCACUUGAUGUACCAUUUGGAUCCUACUUUGAGAUUCAUUGCAGGUGGUCUUUGGAAACAAAUUCUGAAUCCUCUUGCUCUAUGGAUAUAAAAGUUGGUGCACAUUUUAAGAAAUGGUGUGUAAUGCAGUCUAAAAUUAAGGCUGGUGCAAUUAAUGAGUAUAAAAAGGAGGUGGAGCUAAUGUUAGAUGUUGCUCGUUCAUAUAUUAAUAAAUCCAAAACUCCUGUCAAUGAGAACGACAGUUUUGCGUCCGUGCCAUCAGUUACCGAAGAGAGAUAAGUUCUGAGUACAUAGAGAGAGUUGCAGUCUGUUGUAAUUUUUUUAAUUGUUGUUGAAUUUAUGUGUUGUGUUCGUUACCCUAUCUCCAUAUGGAGAUAAGUGGUGCGCGGUGUAAUUCUUGUGCCAGCAAACUGUACAAUUUUGUGUUAAAUUUUAUUAAAUAAUAAUUAUAUUAAUGACUAUAAGAA